AUGGAUGUCAAUACCUCACCCACACUUCCUACCUCCGAACUCGGCGGCAACCAUGACUUCACGUCCACCUUCCACUUUGCCAAUGUGACCCCUCAACCCUUUAAACAGCCAGCCAAAUCGACUAAUGUAAUCAUGGACUCCGCCAUUGACCUCUCGAAUCCCUCAACGGCGCUCUCUCUGCCACACAUUCGUUACCAAUUGAUCCGGCUCGAAGACACCGUCCUCUUCUCCCUCAUCGAACGCRCACAAUUCCCUCUCAACAGCAACAUUUACGUCCCCGGCGCAAUUCCAAUCCCGGGAUCGAAGCUAUCUUUCUCCGAUUGGGUUCUGCGUGAGCAGGAGCGCAUGCAAUCCCGCAUACGCCGUUACCAGUCGCCAGACGAAUACCCAUUCUUCCAAGAUGCCAUGGAGCCGUUGAUACUUCCUCCGCUAGAGUACCCCAAGAUUCUCUGGGACAACGAUGUCGAUGUGAACGACGAGCUCAAGACACGAUAUGUAAAGGAGAUCUUGCCGGGCGUGUGUCCGCCUCCGGCAAGAGAAGAGCGGAAACGCGAGGCACAAGAAAACUAUGGAAGUGCAGCCACUACAGACGUCACCUGCCUGCAAACUCUGAGCAGGAGAGUACACUUUGGCAAAUUUGUUGCCGAGAGCAAGUUUCUUGAGGAUCCUGAAAAGUUCGUCAAGCUGAUCRAGGCGGCGGAUCGAAAGGGCAUCGAUGAUGCCAUUACAAAUUCCGCGGUGGAGAAGAAGGUGCUGGAGAGACUGAGACUCAAAGCUGAGAUGUAUGGCACAGAUCCUAACAUGGACGCACAGGCGCCGGGUAAGAUCAACGUCGAUGCGGUCGUGGCCAUGUACAAGGAUCAUGUCAUCCCUUUGACCAAGGUGGUUGAGGUGGAAUAUUUGAUGCAGAGACUCAAGGGCACCGAGUGGGAAUAA